AUGCUUCACUUCUCCUUGAUUCUACUAAUCUCACCAAACUUUGAAGCUGCCAAGACAUCCUUCUCUAGCAGCUCCGCCCUUUGGCUCACUUACAGAUCUCCUCCUCCCCCAUUUCAUUACAAGUACGAAUCUCCAUCUCCACCGCAUCAUAAAUGCAAGCAUACUCCCCUUGCUCCGCUUCCUUUCUAUACCUACAAAUCACCACCACCGCCACCAUCACCUCCUGUUUACGAGCAUAAAUCCCCACCGCCGCCGCCUUUCGUGUACAAGUACUGGUCUCCUCCACCUCCUCCAGUGUACAGAUAUGAACCCCCUCCUCCACCGAAGCACCACCAUCAUCACCACCAUCACAAACACAAAUGGAGUCCUUAUCCUUAUGUUACUUAUAAGUCUCCUCCGCCACCGCCGAAGCAGGAGUAUCCAGUUUAUCAUUACAUUUCUCCAGCACCUCCAGUAACUAACUAG